CGGACGGGGAGAAAGCGUCAUCUUCCAGCUCCCGAAAAAGUGCGGCCGCUGCAAAUGGAACACAUUCGUCAUCUCCGAACAAAGAUGCAAUCCCGGGCACGUCGUCCUUUUCUGCGAAGCCAGACGAUAGUAACGGCCCGUCUAGUGGGCCUAGGAAACGCAAACAGCCCUCCAGCGCUGCAACUUCGAAUUCAGCAAGUGGUAAUUCAACGAAGAAAAUUUUCACCACUGCUCCAUGUGUCGCUCAUGGGAAAGGCGACUCCAACAUGGUCACUUUUGAGACUUACGGUGCUUAUCUGAAGAACGGGAAACUGAAAGCUGAUGACGGUUCAACUUACGCCGUGAAUGACCACGUCUACCUGAUUUGCGAACCGCCUGGUGAGCCGUACUAUUUGGCGCGAAUUAUGGAAUUUCUUCCGUCCAAGGACAAACCAUCUGGACCCAUCGAAUCGGUGAGGGUCAAUUGGUACUAUAGGCCGCGCGAUAUACCGCGCAAGUCCACAGAUACGAGGCUGGUCUUCGCUUCAAUGCAUUCAGACAUAUGUCCACUCACUUCCCUACGUGGGAGAUGUCAGAUUUCUCAUCUGUCGGAGAUCGAUGAUCUCGCCGAAUAUCGUAAGGCCAGAGAUUGUUUCUGGUACGACAAGUUAUUUGACAGAUACAUUCACCGGUACUACGAUAUGAUCCCUACGAGCAAAGUGAUUAAUGUCCCUUCAAACGUCAAGAAGAUCCUCGAUGAGCGCUGGAAAUUCGUCCUUGUCGAAGUGGGCAAAAGAAAGGAGUUAACAGGGGCGGUGAAGACCUGCAAGCGGUGUGGCCAGUAUGCAGCAAGUAACAAUUCUGUGGACUGUGCUGUUUGCAAUUUCACCUAUCAUAUGGACUGCGUACGGCCAGUUUUAACCAGAAAACCGGCACGCGGCUUUGCCUGGGCUUGUGCAGCAUGUAGCCGGGCCCAGGAACGGAAACUCGAGGCUCGAAAUACCCCGCUCGUGAACGGCUCCCGUCAGGAACUAGAAGAAGAGCUUCUGGAAGAAGAGGAUGAAGAGCUAAAUGGCGUUGCAAAUGGUACGGCCGGAAGCACUCCGGCACCUGUUGAGGAAUCGCUGCCUCAGCCGGCUACGGCAGAACAAAUAGCACAGGCCAAGCUAUGGCCAUAUCGGUACCUGGGGAUUCACUGUCGAGUGGAGGAUGCUCUAGACUAUGACGAUCGGAUAUAUCCUCGAGCGAGCUCGCGUUUAGGGACACGUCAUCAAGCCAAUGUUCCCUCGUGGUUUGGGCAUCCGGUCGAAUAUACGAAGCCUCUCGACGUCAAGAAGAAGUAUUUGAAAUCGGGAAAUCGUAAAGAGUCAAAAUUGACCAAAGAAGCUCAAGCUGCUAUCGAAGCAGCGAAGCAAGAAAUGGCCAAUCGCCCAAAGUGGGUCAUGGAUGAACCGCCUGGAUACGUGCGGCGGGGGGAAGACAAGCCGGUUAUGGUAGAUGGAAGGCCGACACAUACAGCAGAAUUGCUCUUUAAAAUGCCCACUGCAGAACAGUUACCUGCGCGAGGGGAAGACGAUGCCCCUAGGGCACAUGUCAGUGAUGCGGACCGGGAGAAAUUUGUCGAAGAUUAUAUGAAUAAAGCAAAGGAAAUAGCAACUGAAAAAGGGGUCGAGCAGUACUCGACAAAUUUCCUUGACAAGGCUCUACAGUUGCUUUAUUCCGAGGCGUUCGAUGUGGAGGCUGCUCUUGCCAAACUGAAGCAAGUUGACAAAUACACAGACCUCAAAGAACCUCGUCUACAGCCCGAAGAGAUCAAAAUUUUUGAACAAGGAAUCUCCAAGUACGGUUCUGAGUUGCGUCUCGUUACCAAACAUGUUAAAACAGUCCCACAUAACCAAAUCGUCAGAUAUUACUAUAUGUGGAAGAAGACGCCACGUGGUCGCCAGAUUUGGGGCAACUAUGAAGGCAGACGGGGCAAGAGAGAAGCCAGACGCAAUGCCCCGGCAAAGUUGGUGGACGAUGUAGCGGACGACCAAGAUGAUUCCGCUUUCGACAGUGUCAAGGUCGCAGAGAGGAAACGGGCGUUCAGUUGCAAAUUUUGCUCGACAAAAUCUUCACGGCAGUGGCGACGCGCACCGGGAGUACAACCCAAUGGUGUAACUGCCGCAGACACGUCUUCCAAAAAGGAGAAAGGUGCAUCAUACACGGUGGCGCUUUGCUUACGGUGUGCUCUACUCUGGCGUAAAUAUGCUAUCCAGUGGGAAGAUGUCGACGAGGUCGCAAAGAAAAUAUCUCAAAGCAGCCACAAAUCGUGGCGCCGACGUGUUGAUGAGGAACUACUGGCACAGCUCCUUGUUUCUACUGAGACCCCAAUAAACAUUAGCAGUGCCACUGCGGCCACUGCAGCCUCGCUGGGAGUUACGGUGAACGCCCACGCGCAAGUUCAGCAGGAACCACCAAAGAAGAAAACGAAGUAUAAUGACAGAGACAGUACUGCCGCGACCUCGACCGCUACGUCGGUGGAACCAGCCCCGAAGAAGAAACCUGCGGCUGAAAAGGCCCUGGAACCGCCACCGAUUAUACCCGAUCCUCCCAAGGCCAAGACCCUCCCUUGUGCCAUAUGCAACAAACUAGAGCCCAUGGGCGACCAGCACCUGUCAUGCAGGGAUUGCCGUCUCACGGUACACCGGGGUUGUUACGGUGUUCAUCCUUCGCGGAACUGUGCGAAAUGGCUAUGUGACAUGUGCUCGAAUGAUAGGAAUCCCGUCAUUUCCACUCGCUAUGAAUGCGUCCUCUGUCCGGUAACCUGGACGGAGCAUGAGUUAAUGGAAGCCCCACGGGUAUCGCACAAGAAAAAGUCAGAGCGGGAGCGGGAAAAGGAGAGGCUUGAAAAGGAAAUGGUGACAGAGGCCAUCAAGCUGUACCGUCAGAGGCAGGAGGCUGUGGGAAAGCCCAUCAACCCGCGCGAACCGUUGAAGCGUACGGUAGGCAACAACUGGGUUCACGUCUUAUGUGCCUUAUGGCAGCCCGAAAUUAAAUUUGGCAAUGCCGAGGAGCUCGAGCCCGCAGAGAAUUUCGGUAUGAUACCAACGGACAGGCAUCAAGAGACAUGUAAGAUUUGCAAGACGUCCAACACAGGAGCGUGCAUAUCCUGCCAUUACUCUGGUUGCAAUGCCCAGUUCCAUGUUGGUUGCGCUUUUCAGGCCCAGUACAAAUUCGGGUUUGACAUCUCACCUGUGAAGAACUCCCGCCGGGAUUCUGUCAGUACGGUCAGGCUUGGGGAUGAGGUUGGAGUAGCCUCUCCAGCCAUCUGGUGUCCUCACCAUGCAAUAUCAGGCACCGUACAUGAGAUAGGCGAACCUACGGGGAAGGAUGGGCUCAAUGCCUUGCAGGUGUUUGCUCGAACAUACAAACAAGCCGACCUCAGUCUGCCCGGUACGGUCCGGAAAGCCGCGUAUAUCCAACAGUCGGUUGGAGUUUCCCAGCAACAUUCCAGUUCGGUUCCAAGUCGACGAUCUUCGGGUGCCAAUGGCGUUUCUAGCGCCUAUACAAAAGACAGCCACCGGAACACAAGGACUUCUCCGGACGGCACAGUCGAUGCGAUGGUUGUUGAUUCCGACAACCACACAGGCCCUCGUCUGAACGUCGAGAAGGAAUCGGGUAGGAAAUGCUUUCGCUGUUCCACGACAUUUAGCCCUAGGUGGUGGCCGGUCGAGAACAUGCGACGGGGCCCGAUUGUUCGAAAUGGGACGCCUAUGAUGAACGGCGUUGCACCGAAUGACCCAUCUGGAGCUAGAUUUCCCAAUGCAGCAUCUGCAAGCCCGCCGUUCCAUGCUCGAAACCUUUCUCAGGGCUCCUUUACAAGGCCUAACAACGGGGAGUAUCACCCACCAGAUAGGAACGGGGCCGUCGCACAUGAGGAGCAGAGCUUGAUAUCAUACGAAUGCCACAAGUGUCAUCUCAAGGGAUUUCCACAACCAUCGCCAGAACCCCGGCCUUCGCCUUAUACAUCCCAGCGGCCAGUCUUGCCGACACCGGCCCCACAACUUUUGGACUAUCACCCCCAUCCUUACGGUUCUCACCCACAUCCUAUGGCUCCAGCCCCAGCCCCAGGGAUUCUUCCGCGUCCCGUCGGGUCAGCCCCUCCUCACACCGGCCCUCCCGACUGGUACCCUGGAUAUGAUCAACGCCUUCCAGCCUAUGGGGAUAGCAGCUUGCGUAACGGUAUGCCAGUGCCUGCCUAUCAUGCAGGGCCUGCGCCGCCGUCGCAUCAUGGCAGCGGCUACCAGGCGCCGCAUCCCGCUCCGCAGUCUCACUACGCAAACGGGCCCCCUCCGCUCCCACCGCAGGCAUACGCGACACACCAGAGCCCCUAUGCCCCUGUAUCCGCACCGUCACCACGUUUACCCCAGGCUCCCAGGCCUCAUCAUUUUGCAGCGUCGGUGUCACCGCCUAGUGUGCAAGCGACGAUGGUUCAGCGCUCUCCUCCGUUUCCGAUCAGUACGCCUAGCAGUGGACCUCCCUUGCCUCUUGGCUACCCCGUUGACCGUGUUCUAACUGCGCCAACGCCCUCGCCUUCACUAACCCAUGCGCAUGUUGAUCCUCAAGGGCCACAGACGCCGGGCAAGCUGGAUGACGCUACGACGGGCGGCGCCGCGAGACAGAUGACCAACGAUAAGGCCGGUAGUGGUAACGGAGCCAGCGGUGGCGGCAAUACUGCAUCUGGAGCAAGCGCGAGCCCGUCAUUGAAAAAUCUACUUUCGUAGCGAAAUGGAGUUUGUACAAAAUGAAACGGGUCGGUUGGGAUUCUUUUCUGGACUGGGGCUACGGGCUACAUGAUUUGGCCCUUUUCCUCUUGCGAUUUCGAUGGUUUUCUGUUUUCUUUAUGUUUCUUCUCACGUCUAUUGCAUUGAACAGUGGGAUUCAAGCCGUGUGUAUUUAGUGGUGUUCUACAGCAAAAUUAUUUUAUUUUGAUGAUUCUACGGAAGGAUUUGGGUGUGCUCGCUAUGUGUUCGAUGGGCAACAAGAGCAGCACGUGCAGCGUAAUCAGGAUCCGAGUAGACAGCGGACUGGGAGCAGUGGAGUCCAUAUAUUAUUAUGUAUUGGUUGAGAUCGUUAUCAUGAGUAAAUUAAGCCAGGCGCUUGUCAUUAGAUAUUGUUCUGCUGGAAAGCGAAAAAGAGAUAAGUUUGACAAAUCGACACAGCCUCCGAGUCGCAGACGGUAUCGCAGACGUAAGCGGGAUGAUCGACACGACGACCUUGGAACGCGGCCCAUCAAUCACAUCAGCGAUGGUGAAUAUAUCGAUAUCGACAUUGACGACAGACAGUAU